UCACACCUCGGGUGCUCUUUGCCGCCAUGGCAGCUCGCAAUCCGGGUCCGUUUCUACAACAGACACCAGUUGGCUUUCCAUCCUACUGCCGCCACAUCACCAGGGACUGGAUGUCAAGAAAAGCUUUCGAGAAAAGCGAGGUCAACGGUCGUGUGUACAAGGCAAUUUACGAGAACAUGGGAGUGAGAGGAAGCAUUCCUGUCAAUAAGUACGUUGGCCGAAAUCGCAUUCAUUUGCGUGGAAUCACUGAAGGAUUUGCCAGGGGAAAUAAGAGGUGGACGCACAUGAACAAGCAUGGCUUCAUGAUGACCUAUCGAGAAGGAUGGCUUAUCAAGUAUGGCUAUGAUCCAGAUCGUUAUCACUGAGUCAGAGCUUUGAAGACCUCUGACAGUGUCACACAUGCAACCAUGCCAAAUUGACCAAUG